CCAGCACAAGUGACACGACACCACGACAACAGUCUGUCGCAAUGGCGUACUACAACCCUCAACAGCAACAGCCCUAUGGCAAUGCGCAAAAUCUACAAUUCUACCCUUCGUCGUACUCGAAUCAACCCGUGUCUGGCACGUCGACACCCUUCCAGGCUUUCAACAGCGGAGCGCAGACAUCAGCAUACCCGUCUAGUUAUGGCGCGGGCUUUGGCGGCCAGGGUGCUGUCUCUGGAAGGAUGGGUGAACAAGGGGGUUUGACGAUGGGGUGGUUGGCUGCGUUUGGCACUGAGGGAUACCCAGGAGAGCCGCCGUUGCUGGAAGAGCUGGGCGUCAACUUUGGGCAUAUCAAGACAAAGACUCUUACCGUCUUGAACCCUCUGGCGAGGAUUGACCAACACAUCAUGGACGACUCUGAUCUGGCAGGACCCAUCCUCUUCUUCGUCAUGUUUGGCUUCUUUCUACUCUUGUCUGGCAAGCUUCACUUUGGUUACAUCUAUGGACUUGCAGCUAUGGGCAGCAUCGCACUCCACUGGAUCCUGUCGCUCAUGUCACCACCCCUCUCACCCGCCGACGCAUCUGCUCAACAACAGGAUGCCUCGUCUGCACACGGUGGUCACUUCUCGGCAACAUUGACCUACUGGCGUUCCGCUUCGGUGCUCGGAUACUGCCUUCUGCCUCUUGUGCUGACCUCUUUCGUCGGCGUUGGACUCCCUCUAGAUGGCCUGUUCGGCUACAUCAUGACCAGUCUCGCAAUCUCUUGGUGCACAUACAGCAGCAGUGCCAUGUUCUGCGCAGUUGGAAGAAUGACUGGGAUGCGAGGAUUGGUUGCAUACCCUUUGGCUCUAUUCUACGUUGGCUUUGGCAUCAUGGCCAUCUUCUCCAGCAGAGGUACUGGUACUCUUGCUACCAACCUCAAAGCGGGUGCAUAGACAGUGAGAUGUACUAGAUCGAUGAGUCUGAAGGAUAGCUUGUUCAAGUGCUAGCCAAAACGUAUUCACGAAGAUAUGCUACAUGUCCCAGAUCGGAGUGAUAAGAUUAGAUAAGAUGAUUGUGAAGAUCUAGAUUGUCUACACGAGUCAAGCUCGAG